AUGUUACAGUUGGAUGCCUGUGACUAUGGUCUUGGUGCUGUUCUCACCCAAAAUAUUGAGCGCAGGGAACAUGUAAUAGCCUAUGCCGGUCGUACUUUGCAGCCCUGUGAAAAAAAGUAUUCAGCGCCUGAACUUGUUCCUAAACCAAAACGUCUUGAGAUUCUUCAAGUAGCCCAUGGUCAUCCCAUUUCAGGUCAUAUCGGACGCCUAAAAACCCUACAUCGAAUAUCGAUUCGCUUCUUUCGGGAAGUUUUGCAUGACGAAGUUAUAUGCCGUCAUGGUGUCCCCGUAAAAACAGUUUCUGAUAAUGGAGCGCAAUUUGUUGCAGAGAUUUUUCGAGAAACUUUAAAAAUCAUGGGCAUUCAACAUCGAACAACUGCUCUUUAUCAUCCUCAAUCCAACCUAUCUGAGCGCGUUAAUAAAACACUAAAGCCGAUGUUGGCUAUUUUUUCUCAAAAUGAUAAGGAAUCUUGGGAUAUUCGAUUGCCACAGCUAGCCUUAGCCAUUCGAGCAGCCAUAAAUGAAUCGACAGGUCAAACUCCGGCAUUUUUAAUGUACGGCCUGGAACUUAAAUUGCCUCUGGACUUAAUAUAUGAUCCAGAAGUUGAUGUUCUUGAUGAAUUAAGAUCAUCCGAUGAAGUACGGGCCUAUACGGAACGUCUGAAAGCAAUUUUAGAGUCUGUGCACGAAUCGGCUAAAGAGAAUCUUGAAAUAACUCGAGAAAAUCAAAAAUUAUCCUAG